AUGACAUUCGAAGUAGGCACAAGGUGUUGGUAUCCAUCCGAAAAUGGAUGGAUUCCUUGUGAAGUUAGUAAGAAUGAACCUCGUGAUGGGAAGUACCACUUACAAUUCACAUUAGAGGACGGAAGCCUCAUUGACCUGGACACAGAUUCAAUAGAUUACAACGAUAGUCUCUCAAAUGAGGGAUCUCCCAUGCCAGUACUACGUAACCCGCAUUCGAGGGAAUCUACUCAAGAUUUAACUACAUUAUCAUAUCUGAAUGAACCAGCUGUUCUACAUGCUAUUAAACUACGAUAUAUGAAUAAAGAAAUAUACACAUACUCCGGUAUUGUGCUGGUCGCUACAAACCCAUUUGCCCAAAUGGAAGAACUAUAUAGCAAUGAUAUGAUCAAGAAAUACUCUCGGAUAACAUCGCGUGAGGAGCUGGAUCCCCAUCUGUUUGCCAUUGCUCACGAUGCAUAUACCACGAUGGAUUCUCAGAGUAGAAACCAGACUAUUGUGGUCAGCGGUGAAUCUGGGGCUGGUAAAACAGUCUCCGCUAAAUAUAUCAUGAGAUAUUUUGCUUCAUUAGAUGACAAUAAUGCAGCAGUAGUCUCUGAAAUGUCUGAUAUAGAAAAAAAGAUACUAGCAACUAACCCAAUUAUGGAGGCCUUUGGUAAUGCCAAAACAAUAAGAAACGAUAACUCCUCAAGAUUUGGUAAAUACUUGCAAAUAAUGUUUGAUGCCAAGAAAAACAUUAUUGGUGCUCAAAUAAGAACAUAUCUUUUAGAGAGGUCAAGAUUAGUGUUUCAACAACAAUCCGAAAGAAAUUACCACAUAUUUUAUCAACUACUUGCUGGUUUACCAGCUGCUAUUAAAGAAGAGUUGUGUAUCUCCAAUCCUGAACAGUUCUAUUACUUGAAUCAAGGCAGUGAUCCAAGAAUCGAUGGUGUUGACGACGCACAAGAGUUCCAAGAUACCAUUGCUGCGCUAUCUGUUAUUGGUAUCAACGACUCUUUGCAAAUGGAAGUUUUCAAAAUUCUAGCAGGUUUGUUGCAUAUUGGUAAUAUUGAAAUCAAGCAAAGUAGUACAUCAUCUUCUAUUUCACCAGAUGAACCAAACUUAAAAUUGGCAUGUGAGUUGUUAGGACUGGACCCUUACGAGUUUUCGAAAUGGUUAACUAAAAAGGAGAUCACCACUAGAUCAGAAAAAAUUGUCACUAAUUUGAAGAAAGAACAAGCGCUAGUUGUCAGAGAUUCUGUAUCCAAGUUUAUCUAUUCUCUACUUUUUGACUGGCUAGUAAAUCAGAUAAAUACUAUGCUGCACGGUGCUGAAGUAUCUGAUCAAGUAAGAUCAUUCAUUGGUGUUUUGGAUAUAUACGGCUUUGAACAUUUUGAAAUGAAUUCUUUCGAGCAAUUCUGUAUCAAUUAUGCAAAUGAAAAACUGCAGCAGGAGUUUAAUCAGCAUGUCUUCAAACUCGAACAAGAAGAGUACGUUCGCGAAAAGAUAGAAUGGUCAUUUAUUGAAUUUAACGAUAACCAACCUUGCAUUGAUUUAAUUGAAAAUAGACUAGGUAUAUUAUCUUUACUAGAUGAAGAAAGUAGACUACCUUCUGGUACUGAUGAAUCUUGGACCCAAAAAUUAUACCAAACGCUCGACAAACCACCAAUGAACCAGGUUUUCAGCAAACCCAAGUUUGGCCAAACCAAGUUUGUUAUUAGUCAUUAUGCAGACAAUGUUGAGUAUGAUGUUGAAGGGUUUAUAGAGAAGAAUAGGGACACUGUAUCAGAGUCGUUAAUGAAUGUACUGAAAAACUCGCAAAAUGAUACUCUAAUAUCAUUAACGAAGCCAACUGAAGAGACUAGCACACCACCUCCCCAAACAGCAAGUAUAUCAAGGCCUAAGUUGAUUAACAAGAAGCCUACUCUAGGUUUCAUGUUUAAGAAAUCAUUGGGAGAGUUAAUGGAAAUCAUCAAUAAUACAAAUGUACAUUAUAUUAGAUGUGUUAAACCCAACUCUUCGAAAGUUGCCUGGGAAUUUGAUGAUGGUAUGGUAUUAUCUCAACUAAGAGCAUGUGGUAUUCUUGAAACUAUUAAAAUUUCUUGCGCUGGUUUUCCAUCACGCUGGUCUUUCCAGGAGUUUAUUGAUAGGUAUUACAUGUUGGUAGAUACCACUCUUUGGAGUGAUGUGGCUUCCUCUGAAUCAAACGCAGAAUCUAGCAUCAAAUUCUGCAAAGAAAUUCUUGGCGCCACAGAACUGUCACAUGAAAAAUGUCAAAUUGGUCAAACAAAAAUCUUCUUCAAAUCAGGUGUUCUAGCUGAAUUGGAAUCCUUAAGAUUGAAAAAGAUGAAGGGAAUUGCUAUCACCAUUCAAAAGAAAAUACGGGCGUAUAAGAUAAGAACGUGGUACCUUGAAAUAGUUAACUGUGUUAGAGACCUCCAAAAUAGAAUUCGUAGCAAACUGGUAAGAUUGGAUGUUGAACAUCAACUGAAGACGAAACUUGCCCUAAUGAUGCAGGCUACUCUUCGUUCAUACAGAGUUAGAAUCAGAGUUGCUAAAGAGCUAGAUGAUAUAAUAUUACUUCAAUGUAAGUUCAGAACUGUGCUUGCUCAAAGAUACUUACAGGAAUUGAAGAGAAACAAGGCCUCAAUAAUGAUACAGAGCUAUAUCAGAGGGUACAAACAUAAAACUCAGUAUAGAUAUUUUAGAAAGAAUUACCAAGCCAUUCAAGCUUUAUCUAGAUCUAUGCUAGCGAGAUCUUUGAUGUUGAAAUUAAGAUCUGAAUCUGAAGUUACCCAAAUUAACGGUGUUACGUAUACGGAAUUGCAUUCCAUAGUUAAGGAUAUUCACGACAGUAUGACAUCAAACAAUCAGAUUAUUAAAGAGCUUGAUGAGUUUAACGGUGUCAUUGAUACCCAAAAGUCUCUAACAUUCACAGACCUUUCUGCGAAAGCGGAACAACUGAACUCAGACGCCCAAAAGAUAAUCAUAAAACAUUCGAAUCAAGAAAAGCAGAUCAAGGACCUCAAAGAAUCAAAAGGAGAUGUGGAUUCAACUUUGACUAACAUUAAAAAAGUACACAACAAUAUCAAAUCACUAGACAAAAUUAUGCUAGAGGACGCACACUUCCAGACCGGCCGGACAAUAAUAUCUGGGCUUGGUAUUGAACAUUCGUCACAAUAUGAAAAUAUUAACGACAAUGAGAACAACUGUAGACCAAACGACUACAAUUUGUUACAAAUAUUUAGAAACAAUCACUUGAUUGUCAAAGAAAUAAUGAAGGAGGAAUUUGCAACGCUUGAAGGCUCCUUUGGUACCAUCAGUUUUAUCUUAGGUGAGAUGAUAAAACUGAAACAAUUUUUAUCUGCAAAGCAAUUUAUUUCCACCCUAUUUGAAUCCAUCCACAGCAAUGUUAUUGAAGAAUCUUCAUAUGAUAAGAAACUCAAGUCAGGUUUCCAAUGGUUUUCGGUCGCGUUUACCAAUUUGUCAGUAUUGAGGAACUCUGAGUUUAGUCUAGGAAAAGAGACUUCAAAGAGCUUGUCUAAACUUUUGGCAGACUAUGAGAAUGACUUGUCUAAAAUGUUGAGAUCUUGGAUUUUGAGUAUCUUGAAUGAUAUGUUUAGAGAAAACGAUAAACUUUUUAAUGACUUUGCUAGUGUGGAGAUCUCCAAUGUAAUCAGUUUCAAGAUUUUGCAACAGAAAAUAAAGUAUAUUCAAAGUAAAAUGGGUACCAGUGCCAUAGAAAAGUCACUAUUUGGUAAACUUAUAGAGACUUUAAUACAAUAUCUGAAUCUAAACGUUGCAAACCACGUCCUUAUUAAGAUACCUAGUGUCGACUUCGAAACAGGUAUAAUCUUGGAGAAGAAUUUGGAUACAUUAUUAGAGUACUGUGAAGAAUUGAAGCUAUCGAAUUGCAGAAAUAGUACACGUCAAACUAGCCAGAUGAGCAAAUUGCUUCAGUUGAGUAUAAGCUCCGUAGAGGAGCUAAGAGUAGUCUGCCAGUAUUGUUUUGCCUUGAAUUUAACCCAAAUUCAUGCAUUAUUAGCCAAACAAAAAGCAAGUUCCGACGAGAAACCGAUGCCAUAUAUUGUGGUCAAAAAAGUUCAAUCAUGGGCUCAAGAGACAAAGAAAGAUACAUCAAAGAAUAGUGACAUAAUUUUCAGACUUGAUUCUGACAUCGUUAAAUGUGAAAUCGAUACUUCGAAAGAAAUUGCUAUUCCUGAGUUGCAUAUUCCCGAAGACAUGACGUUAGUGAAGGAAAUUGAGACAUUAUCUCAGUGA